AUGGAGAACCAGGAGUUUCCGGGCCCUUACGCGCUGUCCGACUGGUGUGACACGGCAGAUAUAACUGCUCACUACGAAGCCCGCCGGAAGCCCUUGGUACUCAGGCUCUUCGACGUCCUCAAGCCUGAGGAGUGUGAGGAACCCGAGGAGCCGGGGGAGCCGGAGGAGCCAGGCCUGCAAGACGGCGACGAGGAGUCUGAGUCCUGUGAGACACCGGAGCUCCGCAGAGCUUACGAACCCCACGAACCGUAUACUCCCGAAGAGUCCGACGAGCCCUCUGUGCCCCAGGGGCCCGACGUGCUCCAGGAGCCCAACGAGCCCCAUGCGCCUCCCGAGUCCCACACGCUCCACCAACCCCAUAAGGCCCCGGGGCCGCAUGUUCCCCGCAAGCCCCACCACAAGCCCCACGAAGCCGAGUUGCUUCGCAGAGCCGCUGUGAUGGUCGCCCCAUCUCUGGUGACCAGAUCACCCCCACUAGUGCAGUUACUAUUUUUAGGCAGUAAUCCAGUUUCAUUCUCUUGCAUCUUUGUAAGGAAAUGUUUUUUUUCUAGGAAGAGAAUCCAAGAUCUUUCUAAGCCUAAAAAACAAUGGGGAGCUCCGGAUAGAAAACUGAUUUGGGGGAAUCAAGAUCCUAUAUACCCAGUUUCUCAGAGUGCUUUGUAGGCCCAGCUUACUAAAAGACUAGAGAACCUUGCCCAGCCCAGGGAAGUUUCCCACCAAUAUGUACCUAACAAGUCUCAAUAUUACUAUAGCUGUGGUAGAGAGUCUGUAAUCUGGGAGAUCUCUUUUCCAGCACUGCUUAGCCAACCCUCCAAAAGGAUCCAGAUGCUGGCACAGCCCAACAGAUUCAAGAAAGAGUAUCUAAUAAACAAGAAAACAAUUCCAUUCACAAUAAGAUUCUCUUCAAAUCUCUGAUCUUCUCCCCGGAUAUUACAACUCUCAAUAGCCAAAGGCAUAAAUCCAAACUAUAUUCCUCCAAAAAAUAUUGCUUAA